CGGCAAUUUGAUAGACAAGGUCAAGUCAAAACAUACAUUUGUCACAUGUUGUAUUUAUUUUGUUUCCAAACUACUUAAAAACAAUAACAAUUUAAAAAUUAUGUGCAGUGAAAGUGGAAAAAACUGCUUUCUUCUUCUUGAAGAUGGUACUAUUUUUCCCGGUAGAAGUUUUGGUGCCAAUUCAUCAAUUGAUGGUGAAGUUGUUUUUCAAACUGGUAUGGUUGGAUACCCUGAGUCAUUGACAGAUCCAUCCUAUCAUAGUCAAAUACUUGUUUUGACAUAUCCUUUGAUUGGCAACUAUGGUGUACCAGGUGACGAAAAAGAUGAGCAUGGUUUGCCUUAUUUUUUUGAAUCCAAUCGUAUUUGGGCAGCUGGUCUUGUUGUUGGUGAAAUAUGUGAAACACCAAGUCAUUGGCGUUCAACAAAAACACUAUCAACUUGGUUGAAAAAUGAAAACAUUCCUGGCAUUCAUGAAAUUGAUACACGAGCAUUGACCAAAUUGAUUCGUGAAAAAGGCAGUAUACUGGGAAAAAUAGUAUUUGAAAAACCACCAAGUCAAUUUACAACAAAAUUAUCAAUAACAGAUCCAAAUACUAGAAAUUUAGUUGCUGAAGUAUCACAAAAAUCUUUGCGUGUAUUAAAUCCAUCAGGAAAACCACGUAUUUGUAUGGUUGAUUGUGGACUCAAAUACAAUCAAAUACGUUGUUUUAUAAAUAGAGGUGCAAGAGUUGAAAUUGUACCUUGGAAUCAUGAUCUUGAAAAAUCAGAAUUUGAUGGUUUAUUUUUGAGCAAUGGACCUGGUGAUCCAUCAAUGUGUCCAGAAACAAUUGAAAAUAUUAAAAAAAUUUUAAAUAAAAAAAAUGUUCCAAUAUUUGGUAUUUGUAUGGGACAUCAAUUGUUGUCAAUAGCAGCUGGUUGUAAAAGUUAUAAAAUGACAUAUGGAAAUCGUGGACACAAUCAACCAGCUAUACAUUCAUCAACUCAACGUUGUUUUAUGACAUCACAAAAUCAUGGUUAUGCAAUUGAUGCUGAUAAUUUACCAAAUGAAUGGGAAUCAUUAUUUACAAAUGCAAAUGAUAAAAGUAAUGAAGGUAUUGUUCAUUCAACUUUACCAUAUUUUUCAGUACAAUUUCAUCCUGAGCAUACAGCUGGACCACAAGAUCUUGAAUGUUUAUUUGAUGUUUUUUUGGAUGCAGCAAUUCAUUAUAAAACAUCAAAAAUAAAUUUUAAUAUUAAAGAAAAAUUAAUAAAUAAAUUAAAAUAUGAUCCUGCUAUUAAAAAAGUUCAUAAUAGACCUAAAAAAGUUUUAAUACUUGGUUCAGGUGGUUUAAGUAUUGGUCAAGCUGGUGAAUUUGAUUAUUCUGGUUCACAAGCAAUAAAAGCACUACGAGAAGAAUCAAUUCAAACUGUUUUGAUUAAUCCAAAUAUUGCAACAGUUCAAACAUCAAAAGGAAUGGCUGAUAAAAUAUAUUUCUUGCCAAUAAUACCAAAUUAUGUUGAGCAAGUUAUUAAAUCAGAACGUCCUGAUGGUGUAUUAUUAACAUUUGGUGGACAAACAGCACUUAAUUGUGGUGUUGAACUUGAAAAAAUGGGUAUAUUUGAUAAAUAUAAUGUUAAAAUUAUUGGUACACCAAUUAAAUCAAUAAUUGAUACUGAAGAUAGAAAAAUAUUUUCUGAACAUGUAAGUAAAAUUGGUGAAAAAGUUGCACCAAGUGCUGCUGUUGAAUCAAUUCAAGAAGCACUUGAUGCUGCUGAAAUAUUGGGUUAUCCAGUUAUGGCUAGAGCAGCAUUUUCACUUGGUGGUCUUGGUUCUGGUUUUGCAAAUAAUAAAGCUGAAUUAAAAAUACUUGCACAACAAGCAUUGGCACAUUCAAAUCAAUUAAUUAUUGAUAAAUCAUUAAAAGGAUGGAAAGAAGUAGAAUAUGAAGUUGUUAGAGAUGCAUAUGAUAAUUGCAUAACUGUUUGUAAUAUGGAAAAUGUUGAUCCAUUGGGAAUUCAUACUGGUGAAUCAAUUGUUGUUGCACCAAGUCAAACAUUGUCAAAUGCUGAAUAUAACAUGUUAAGAACAGCAGCAAUAAAAGUAAUACGUCAUUUUGGUAUUGUUGGUGAGUGUAAUAUACAAUAUGCACUCAAUCCAUUUUCUGAAGAAUAUUAUAUCAUUGAAGUUAAUGCUAGAUUAUCAAGAAGUUCAGCAUUAGCUAGUAAAGCAACUGGUUAUCCACUAGCAUAUGUUGCAGCAAAAUUAGCACUCGGUAUACCAUUACCAAAAAUAAAUAAUUCAGUAACUGGUAAAACAACAGCAUGUUUUGAGCCAAGUUUAGAUUAUUGUGUUGUUAAAAUACCAAGAUGGGAUUUAAGUAAAUUUCAAAGAGUAUCAACAAAAAUUGGCUCAUCAAUGAAAAGUGUUGGUGAAGUUAUGGCUAUUGGACGUAAAUUUGAAGAAGCAUUUCAAAAAGCAUUACGUAUGGUUGAUGAAAAUGUUAAUGGUUUUGAUCCUUAUUUAAAAACAAUAAAUGAUGAAGAACUUGAAAAACCAACAGAUAAAAGAAUGUUUGUACUUGCAGCAUCAAUUAAAGCUGGUUACACAAUUGAUCGUCUUUAUGAAUUAACAAAAAUUGAUCGUUGGUUUCUUGAAAAAAUGAAAAAUAUUAUAAAUUGUUAUAAUACAUUAGAAAAUAUUGGACAAGGUGGUAUAUUAUCACAUGCAAUAUUGUUAGGAUCAAAACAACUUGGUUUUUCAGACAAACAAAUUGCUGGUGCUAUUAAAAGUACUGAAUUAGCUGUACGUAAAUUACGUAAAGAAAGUAACAUACAAUCAUAUGUCAAACAAAUUGAUACUGUUGCUGCUGAAUGGCCAGCAACAACAAAUUAUCUUUAUUUAACAUAUAAUGGUUCAUCACAUGAUAUUGAUUUUCCUGGAGAAUAUACAAUGGUUAUUGGAUCUGGUGUUUAUAGAAUUGGUAGCUCAGUUGAAUUUGACUGGUGUGCUGUUAGUUGUCUUCGUGAACUACGCAAUUUAGGAAGAAAAACUAUCAUGGUUAACUAUAAUCCAGAGACCGUAAGCACAGACUAUGAUAUGUCUGAUCGUCUAUACUUUGAAGAAAUAUCAUUUGAAGUUGUUAUGGACAUAUAUAAUCAUGAAAAUCCAGAAGGCAUCAUAUUAUCAAUGGGUGGUCAAUUGUCCAAUAACAUUGCAAUGGAUUUGCAUAGGCAACAAGCAAGAAUUCUUGGUACAUCACCAGAAUCAGUUGAUGGUGCUGAAAAUCGUUUUAAAUUUUCAAGAAUGUUAGAUAAAAUUGGUAUAUCACAACCAAGAUGGAAAGAAUUAACAAAUUUACAAUCAGCAAUUAAUUUUUGUGAAGAAGUUGGCUAUCCAUGUCUUGUUAGACCAUCAUAUGUUUUAUCUGGUGCUGCAAUGAAUGUUGCACAUUCAAAUCAAGAUCUUGAAUCAUAUUUAAAAAAUGCUAGUGAUGUUAGUAAAGAACAUCCAGUUGUUAUAUCAAAAUUUAUACUUGAAGCUAAAGAAAUUGAUGUUGAUGCUGUUGCAUAUGAUGGAAGAAUAUUAUGUAUGGCUGUAUCAGAACAUGUUGAAAAUGCUGGUGUACAUUCUGGUGAUGCAACAUUAGUAACACCACCACAAGACAUAAAUCCAGAAACACUUUCUAAAAUCAAAGUAAUUUCACGAGCAAUUGCAGCAAAUUUAGAAGUUACUGGACCAUUUAAUAUGCAGCUAAUUGCUAAGGAUAAUGAAUUAAAAGUAAUUGAAUGCAAUGUGAGAGUAUCAAGAUCAUUUCCAUUUGUAUCAAAAACAUUGGAUCAUGAUUUUGUUGCCAUGGCAACAAGAAUUAUUGUUGGUGAAACUGUUGAACCAGUUGAUGUACUUGCUGGUUCUGGUAAAGUUGGUGUUAAAGUACCACAAUUUUCAUUUUCACGUCUUGCUGGUGCUGAUGUUACACUUGGUGUUGAAAUGGCAUCAACUGGUGAAGUUGCUUGUUUUGGUGACAAUAGAUAUGAAGCUUAUCUCAAAGGUAUGAUGAGUACUGGUUUCCAUAUUCCAGAAAAAGGUAUUCUACUAUCAAUUGGAAGUUUCAAGCAUAAAAUGGAAAUGUUACCAUCAAUGAAAAGUUUACAUAAAAUGGGCUAUAAACUUUAUGCAAGUUUAGGAACUGCUGAUUUUUACAAUGAGCAUGGAGUUGAGGUUGAAUCAGUUGAAUGGACUUUUGAAAAUAUUGAUGUCAAUGAAGAUACCAGUCCUAAUGAACUUCGUCAUUUAGCUGAUUUUCUAUCUAAAAAACAUUUUGAUUUGGUUAUUAAUUUACCAAUGAGAAAUGGUGGUGCUCGACGUGUAUCAAACUUCAUGACUCAUGGUUAUCGUACACGUAGACUUGCUGUUGAUUAUUCAGUACCACUUGUAACUGACGUUAAAUGUGCUAAACUUUUAGUUGAUGCAAUUAAUAAAUGUGGUGGUAAAGCACCACGUAUGAAAACUCAUACUGAUUGUAUGUCAUCAAGAAGAAUGAUGAAAUUACCUGGUUUUAUUGAUGUUCAUGUACAUGCUAGAGAUCCUGGUGCAACUCAUAAAGAAGAUUUUGCAUCAUGUACAGCAGCAGCACUUGCUGGUGGUGUUACAAUAAUAUUUGCAAUGCCAAAUACAAAUCCUGCUGUUAUUGAUCAUUCUUCAUUUGCAUUUGCAAAAGAGAAAGCUUCAGCUGGUGCAAGAUGUGAUUAUGCAUUAUUUUUAGGUGCAUCAUCAGAUAAUUAUAAUAUUAGUUCAGAAAUAGCACCAAUGGCAGCUGGAUUAAAAAUGUAUUUGAAUGAGACCUUCACGACUCUUCGAUUAAAUGAUCUCAGUGUAUGGAUCAAGCAUUUUGAAAAUUGGCCAACAAAAUAUCCACUUUGUGUUCAUGCUGAAGGACAAACAACUGCUGCUGUUUUGUUAUUAGCAAGUUUACAUAAUCGUCCUGUUCAUGUUUGUCAUGUUGCAAGAAAAGAUGAAAUAAAUAUUAUUCGUGCUGCUAAAGAAAAAGGACUUGCUGUUACAUGUGAAGUGUGUCCACAUCAUUUGUUCCUUAGUCAAAAUGAUUUGGAAAAAAUUGGUACCGCUAAAGGUCAGGUGAGACCAAUGUUGGCUACUCUUGAAGAUCAACAAGCUCUUUGGGAUAAUAUGGAUGUUAUUGAUUGUUUUGCAACUGAUCAUGCACCACAUACAGUUGAAGAAAAAGAAGGUGAAAAACCACCACCUGGUUUUCCUGGUCUUGAAACAAUUUUACCUCUUCUUUUGAAUGCUGUCCACGAGGGAAGACUCACAAUGGAGGAUGUCAUUGAUAAAUUUUAUCGCAAUCCAAAAAAAAUAUUCAAUAUUCCUGACCAACCAAAUACAUAUGUUGAAGUUGAUCUUGAUGAAGAAUGGACAAUUCCAGAUGCAAUGCCAUUUACAAAAUCAAAAUGGACACCAUUUGCUGGAAUGAAAAUUCAUGGUAGAGUACAUCGUGUUGUUUUACGUGGCGAAGUUGCAUAUGUUGAAGGACAAAUAUUAGUUAAUCCUGGUUUUGGUCAAGACAUAAGAGAUGUACAAAAAAAUUUAAAAAUACAAUCAAUAUUACAUCCACCAACAAUUGAAGUAACAAGCCGUGUUAACUCAGCAUUGAAAAGACUUAUUUCACCAACUCCAAGUGAAACAUUACAUAAUGGUGAUGUUAAUGAAUAUCAUAAUCAUAAUCAUAUUAAUACAAAAUCACGUGUACAUUUUGAUUCUGAAAUUGAAGCACGUGAAUUAUCAAAAUUACGACCAAUAUCACCACUUUUAAAUUGUGUUAGUACACGUACAAUAUAUGAUAGUAAUUUACAUACAACAUCUGGACAUAUUCAUACAACUCAUGGUCUUGCUGGUCAUCAUAUUCUCACAGCAGAUAUGUUUACAAAAGAACAAUUAAAUGAUAUAUUUAAUUCUGCACAAACAUUACGUAUUUGUGUUUUAAAAGAAAGACCAUUAGAUCAUAUAUUAAAAGGCAAAAUAAUGGCAUCAAUAUUUUAUGAAGUAUCAACAAGAACAUCAUGUAGUUUUUCAGCAGCAAUGUUAAGAUUAGGUGGUAGAGUUAUACAUAUGGAUGGUACAACAUCAUCUGUUAAAAAAGGUGAAUCAUUAGAAGAUUCAGUUGCUGUUAUGGCUGGUUAUGCUGAUGCUGUUGUAUUACGUCAUCCAGAACCUGGUGCUGUUGCAAAAGCAGCACAAUAUUGUCGUAAACCAAUGAUAAAUGCUGGUGAUGGUGUUGGUGAACAUCCAACACAAGCAUUACUUGAUAUAUUUACAAUUAGAGAAGAAAUUGGUACUGUUAAUGGUUUAACAAUAACAAUGGUUGGUGAUUUAAAACAUGGAAGAACUGUUCAUUCACUUGCUAGAUUAUUAACACUUUAUAAUGUUAAUUUAAGAUAUGUCAGUCCAAAAGGACUUGAUAUGCCUGAUCAUGUAAGACAUUAUGUUGGACAAAAGGGUAUUGAUCAAAAAGAUUAUGACAGACUUGAGGAUGUACUUCCAGAUACAGAUGUACUUUAUAUGACAAGAAUACAACGUGAAAGAUUUACAUCACAAGAAGAAUAUGAUAAAGUUUGUGGACAAUUUGUUGUAACACCAAAAUUAAUGACUGCUGCUAAGAAAAAAAUGGUUGUUAUGCAUCCAUUACCACGUAAUUUUGAAAUUAGUCCAGAAUUUGAUUCUGAUCCACGUGCAGCAUAUUUCCGUCAAGCUGAGUGUGGUGCUUAUGUUAGAAUGGCACUUCUUGCAAUGAUCCUGGGACGUUUUUAAUACAAAUUUUUUAAUCAAGUAACAAUAAUAAUACAGAGCUAAUAUUAAUUCAAGUAACUGCAGCAUAAUUUUAUAAAUAUAAAAAAAUCACGUGCCUUCAAUAGUUUUCAAUAAUAUUUUUGUUUUUAUUUUUAUAAACUUGAUACUUUUUUUUGUAUACAUUUUUAACAUGACGUUUUAAAAAGUAUAAAAACUUGAACGAGAUUUAUUUCUUUUUAUUUUUUUUAAAUGAAAAAGAUUUAACAUCAGAAUAUUUUAUUUUAUAUUGACAAUGUCUUUAGUACUAAAUAUAUAUUUUUUAAUUUUUACUUCAAAUAAAAUGAAAAUACCUACAUUACAUUCUACAUUGUUAGAAUGGUGUAUUGACAAAAAAAUUUUUAAGUACAUAGUUUUGCAAUCUGAUAAUUUUCGUAACGCAAUUAAAAAAAAUUAAACUUAGAAUAGCCAUAAAAUAUAAAUCAUGUUAAUUAUAUUCUAUAAAUUUUUACCAAUAAUAUUUUAAUUCAUACACAUAUGUAUAUUUUGUAUUUUAUAACAACAAAAGUGAGAAUUUUUUUACCUGACAAUAAAAAUAAUUUCAAAUAAAAA